AGUGCAUGCAUUCCAUAUCCAAGAUGGCGGAUCAUUAGGAAUAAGAACUUGACUGCCUUCACGUUUCUUACACAAGUUGGUGAUAACUUUCAAAACUGAAUCUAAGGCCACAUUAGGUAAGGUACCCAAUUUUUUCUUCAUCCACAGGACAGACUCGCGCCUAGCUAAAUUUAUACGCUCGAUUCAAACUUAACCAGUUGAAUUUCUUUUGUUGUACUCAGGAAAUCCAUUGAUAAUACAUUACCAAACCAUGGCUCUCAGAGUUGGUGUUCCUCGGGAUGAAGAGCUGCUGAGUUUGUCCUCAGAAAUUGGUGCUAAGUGGAAGAAUCUUGCGCGUGCUUUGGGAAUUCCUGAAGCCCAGAUUGAGGUCGUUGAAGAGGAAAGUCGUAAAGUUGUGGAAAAAAGUUAUCAAUUGCUGUUGUUAUGGAAGCAAGCUAAUGGAACUCGGGCAACCUACGAAGCUCUGGUGGCAGGAUUAUGUCAUACUGUUGUUCUGAGGAGAGAUUUGGCUGAAAGAUACUGUUAUGGUCCAGUUGCUCCUCAAGAGAAUGAUUUAAUGGAAUGAAAUCCUGGUGCGGCAAAGAAGGAAUACUUAUAUAGAUAGGAUAGGUUUUAAAUAUUAUUAAUUCUUAUAUUGUCUAAUGUAGUUUUUAUCGCUAGCUUUUGCAAUGAAAAGUGUGACUGUUAUUUUUAAGGGCAUUUUUCAUCUUUCUGUGGACAUUUGCAAUUAAUUAUUUUGUUUGCAUGAUGUGGAAGACUUGAGAGCUCUGCUCUAGCCCAGCAAGAGGUAACCUGCAACUCUUGUCCUUAAACAUCAAUUUAUAGCAGUGUUACAUCUUUCUACAGGACUACAGAAUUGAACAUAGGUUGCCAAAUUGGUGACUUCUGCAAAUUUAGUCACCCAAAUUAUUUUUAGUUGCCAUAGUGUUUAAAACAGUGACAAAUUUAAGUGCUGGUGAAAUUUGGCAAUGAGUACUUUAUACUAAGACUCAAAAAUGUUUCAGCCUAGAACUCUAUAUAUGUAAUCCAUACCAUUUCUGUGCUGUUUCUUGAAGUUUAUAAGAUUGUUGUUGAAAGUGAGGUGAAUUUUUCUCAUUGAUUUGGCAAUGCAAUACCAAAUGGCAUUUGAGUCCUGUGUAAGAAAUAAGUCUUUGAAUAUGAGAGGAAGAAGAAGAUUUCUUGAAGAUGCUUUUACUUGGUUAGGGUAACUCCUACAGUUACAAAAACUGAUAUCCUUAGAGGCCCUAAAGGAAAGUCUCCUAGUCUGCAGUUAUGAUUCUAUGUGGUGAUUAUAAUGAUUUUCUUGAUAGUUGACAAGAAAUUUGUCAAGGGAUAGUUGAGCUGAAGACUCUGAACUGUAGAGAUCUAAAUACCUUGAGCUUGAAACCAGAACAAAGAUUUUCAGCUCCAUAGAAAGCUAUUAAUGUACACGUAGGCUGUAUUCUUACUCCUUGGUUCAUAAUGUAUUUGUUUAAACUUCAAUGAAUAUCUCAGAUCACUGUUUGUACAAAUUAUUAUGGUAGAAAAGAAUGCUUCUCUCUGAGUGUAUGCUGUUGAACACAUCGGGCCAGUUAUUUAAACAAAGUUUAGCAGUUGUUUAACAAAACCACUUUCUAAGCCAUCUUCAAAUUGGCCACACCUUUUAUCUAGGGAUCAAUUUUUUGUGAACAGUGUCAAGAGGCCGAAACUUUAUAGUGGAAGGACAUUUAUUUAAAUGAAAUCAACCCCCCUAUGGAGAAUCACCCUGGUUCACUGCUUGUGUAAAACUGCAAUUUGGGUCAGAUCUCAUUUCAAUAACCGGCCCAUUGAGUUUCAUAGUAGUCAAGGAAUUUUUUUUUAGGCUUUGCUCAGUGUUCCUUUUUUAGCCUUGAUGUUGCUCUAUUUGCUCCACCAAGGAAAAAAUUGGGAGAUGUUGCAUGAGACUCUGGUAUUUUUUCAUUGGCUCUGUGAGCAUCAAAUUGACACCCCUAACCUGGCCCAAACUGAACCCUAACCCUAAAUUGACUCAGAUUCCUGAAGCUUGUGUGAGCUUUUCAACUUUAUUGGUCCCAUAGUAAUAUAAAUGUAUAGUAAAUCAAUGGUAGAAAUGAAAAGACCAGAAAGGAUUGUACAAAUGGGAGAAGUAUCCCAUGUAAGGUGCAACCCAAAAUCUGAGUAAGAAAAAAAAAGUCUUGAUAAGGAAUAUAAAUUUUAAUAAAAUUACAAUAAAUCUUAAUAACUACUAAUAGUGCACAGUAAAGUGCAAUUAAAAUCAGUCAGAUAGGAAUUAAGAGUGGUGGCAAGUGUAGUUACAGCAUACCAACCACCAGUGUACAUGCUGUUGUUUUGAUAACUGAGAGAUUUUCCUAUUGAGAGUGCUAUUUUAGUAGGAAAUCCAUUUUUUUCUAAAAAUACCUGGUGAUUUAGGGGCAUCCUGAAGAUUUAACACUUCUUUGAUUUCCUUUGGGUAUACUUCUCUCUAAAAUUGGUCUGGAGUAUUCUGGAGAAAGCUCUUUAAUCCACACUGAUUAUAUUUUCCUUCCACUAAAUCUAGUUUAAUUUACUU